UGGCAACCUUAUCAUUGUUGAUAGACACAUUCGCCAUUGCAGCCAGCCAAAAUCAGCAACCUCAAGCUUUAGCAGUUGGUUUCUCUUUCUCCUCAAUUCAAGAACUAAUAAAGUAUGGCAACCAUUUCAGCUACCUCAUCAAUCACCAUUGCAGCUUCUCUUUCAUACAAGCCAUCAUCACUCAAGCUCACCACCCCAAUUGCCAUUGGGUUGCCAACAAUGGCGAAGAAAGUGAAAGUGAUGUGUUCUAUGAAGGAGGAGGAGGAAAAGAAUAGCUCUAGCGUUGGCAUGAGUGCUGCAUCGCUGUUAGCUGCAGCAGUCAUGUCAAGCUCACCGGCUAUGGCUCUGGUGGAUGAGAGAAUGUCCACCGAAGGAACUGGACUUCCCUUUGGGUUGAGCAACAACCUUCUUGGGUGGAUCUUGUUUGGUGUAUUCGGCUUGAUAUGGGCUCUUUACUUUGUUUACACUUCAUCCCUCGAAGAAGAUGAGGAGUCUGGAUUGUCCCUCUAAACCCAUAAAAGUGUAACUUCAAAUUUUAAUUUUUGGUGUUUUUUCAUUGUAAUGAAAACUACUGCAUGUCCAAUGUGUGUAUAAUUGGUUAUUGAUGUACGUAUCUAA